GAGCUCACUUUCGAUCCCUCCGCACGACAAGAAUACCUCUCAGGAUUCAGCAAGCGCAAGACAGCGAGGAAAGAGCAUGCGCGCGAGCAAGCAAUAAAGCGAGACAAGGAGGAGAAAGUCAAGGAAAGAGCACAGCUUCGAGAACAACGCAAAGAAGAUCUACAACAGCACGUCGAGGCCGUGAAUGCUGUACUACGAGAGCAAAAUGCUCUAGCCAAUGGAGACUCCGACGGAGACGAGGACGACACCUUCGACGGCUUCUCCGAACCCAAAGCACCCGUGGUAGACGAAUCCGAAGCUGAAUACACAGACGAGGAGAAGUACACUACAGUCACAGUCUCAGCAAUGGAAGCAGGAAACGCAUCAGACUCGUCGUUAGAAGAGGAGGACGCUGCGAAAGCGGCAGCAGCAAAGCCGUGGAAGGGCAAGGAUGGGAAGGUGAUUGAGCGGCCGACUCAGAAAAAGAAGAAAUUCAGGUAUGAGAGUAAGGCGGAAAGAUCGAUGACGAGGAUGAAGCAGAAGUCGAAGAAUAGCGCUCAG